GCGGCGCGCACUCUGUCCUCGCCGCGCACUGCGAUAGGUAGCGCCACCAGGGGGCGCCACGAUCGCACCGCGUCCUCCCGCUCGCGUAAACACGCUUUCUUUGAAAUUUCGUGCAAUUGCAAAGAAAUAAGUGAACGACGCGGGAAUAUUUGGUGAUGAAACCGUUUGUGAUUUAGCUGCUGUUUUAUACGAAGAAUUAUCUGUUUUUUUUACAAAACCGUUUUUUUAUAAUUCUUACAAACUUACCUACUUAUUUACGAACGUGAGCGAACUUUGUGAAACUUUGAAGAUUUCAGCGUUUCUUGUGAGGAUUGCGUGAACUGCCAAGGAAUAUACAACACAGAUGCUGCAGGAGCCAAGACAGGACAAGAUUAACUAUAAAGUAUUAGACCAAACAAGAUAUUUGUGGAAACAUUUUAGUAUAAAAGUAACAAAGACUUGAUGGGAUUCCGUCCUGAAGACUAAGAGAUAUAUAAUUUGAGAGCAGAAGAUAUACUUGUACACAUGAUGAUGGUGAUGAAGAGGACAUGCCCGGGGCUGGCGCUGGCGGCGGGAGUGCUGCUGGCGCUGCUGGGGCGGGCCGAGGCAGCGCCGCUCGCCACCACCGACAGAGCUAUGAUGUACCUGGCUCAGUUUGGCUACUUGAACCCCUCUGUGCGCAACCCGUCCAGCGGACACAUCAUGGACGAGGGCUCGUGGAGGAAGGCCAUCGCAGAGUUCCAGAGCUUCGCCGGUCUUAAUGCCACAGGCGAGCUGGACGAGGAGACGGCGCAGACGAUGUCGCUGCCGCGCUGCGGCGUGCGCGACAAGGUGGGCUUCGGCGAGAGCCGCGCCAAGCGGUACGCGCUGCAAGGUUCCCGGUGGCGCGUAAAGAACCUCACAUACAAGAUCUCGAAGUACCCGUCGCGGCUGAACCGCGCCGAGGUGGACGCCGAGCUGGCCAAGGCCUUCAGCGUGUGGGCCGACUACACCGACCUCACCUUCACGCAGAAGCGCUCGGGACAGGUGCAUAUUGAGAUCAGAUUCGAGAAAGGCGAGCACGGGGACGGCGAUCCCUUCGACGGCCCUGGCGGCACUCUGGCACACGCCUACUUCCCGGUUUACGGUGGUGACGCUCACUUCGAUGAUGCUGAAAUGUGGUCCAUCAACUCGAAACGAGGAACCAACCUCUUCCAGGUGGCAGCGCACGAGUUCGGGCACUCGCUGGGUCUGAGCCACAGCGACGUGCGCUCGGCGCUCAUGGCGCCCUUCUACCGCGGCUACGAGGAGCGCUUCCAGCUGGACCAGGACGACGUGCUCGGCAUACAGGCUCUAUACGGGCGCAAGUCUGUGAACGACAUCGGCGGCGGAGCCUCCAUUCCUUCAGUCCCACGCGUCACCACGCAGGCGCCCUCCGCCGAGGACCAGGCGCUGUGUGCAGACCCCAAGAUCGACACCAUCUUCAACUCCGCCAAUGGAGACACUUUCGUUUUCAAAGGCGAGCACUACUGGAAGCUGACGGAAGACGGAGUGGCGUCGGGCUACCCGAAGCUGAUCUCGCGCGCGUGGCCCGGCCUGCCCGGGAACAUCGACGCCGCCUUCACGUACAAGAACGGGAAGACAUACUUCUUCAAGGGCUCCAAGUACUGGCGGUACAAUGGACAGCGAGUCGACGGGGAUUAUCCCAAGGAGAUUAGUGAAGGUUUCACUGGUAUUCCCGACAACAUCGACGCAGCGCUAGUGUGGUCAGGCAACGGCAAGAUCUACUUCUACAAAGGCUCGAAGUUCUGGAGGUUCGACCCGGCUCAGCGGCCGCCGGUCAAGUCCACGUACCCCAAACCGCUCUCUAACUGGGAAGGCGUCCCGGACCACAUCGAUGCCGCCCUGCAAUAUACGAAUGGAUACACAUACUUCUUCAAAGCUGGAACGUAUUGGAGAUUUAAUGAUAGAACGUUUAGUGUGGACACAGACAACCCCGCGUUCCCGCGGUCCACGGCGUACUGGUGGCUGGGCUGCAGCUCGGCGCCGCGCGGCACGGUGGGAGGUAACCAGCGCCUCUCCGCCAGCACCCUCUCUCCCGAGGAGGAUGACGUCGGCGACAUACUGUUCGACGCAGAUGGCGCAGGGGGUGCGGGCGGCAGCGGCGGCGCGCGGGGGGCGGCGGCGCCGGGCCUGCUGCUGGCGGCGGCGGCGGCGGCGGUGGCGGCGCGGCUGGCACGCGCGUAGCGGCCGCGCGGCCCGCCCGCCCACUAACUGUGAUCGUGUGUUGUGUGAAUGAACGUGUUCGGUAUAUUGUGUAUAGCGGACGACGUGCUGUGAUGAAGAAUGCUUCUUUUUAUACUGUACAAUACGAGGACGAUAAUUUAAUGCGAAGUCAUAGUUUUUAUACUACUAUAUAUAACUAGAUGAUGUAAGUUCGAGUGUGAUAUUGAAGUAAGCGAACAUUUUGUAUUAAAUAUUUAAAGUAACUAUA